AUAUAGCAGGAUGAUGUCAGCAGAAAGCAGCGUCCAUGGAGCAACUCAGUAUUCCGGAGAAAGAAUGUAGCAGUAGCAGUAGCAGCAGCAGCAGCAGCAGCAACAGCAACAGGAGCAGCGCCAGCACUCGGGCAAUUCAAGCGAGCGAAUCGCUGCGAAAGGAGGCCACCUGGGGGACGAGAUCCGACGUUGUCAUUGGACGAUCGGCGCCGCGACUGUGCGCCGUGCGUCUGCUUCACGGCGUUUCCGCGGAGAUCCGUGAAAUUGUCGCACGUUUCUCUCCCGCGCGAAAUCUCUCGCAAAACAACGGAUUCACAAACGUGAACGCGCGCGAGUGCGAGUUCGAUCGUGACUUACGUACGGACAUACGGAAUACGUGGAAUACGCGAGCAUGCCGACGAGCAAACAGGGCGGCUCGGCCGAGUUCAAUGACCGCGCGUGAGUGCCGAGUUCGCACGCGAAUACCGCGGUGGGUGUCGUGCGCGUCUCGCCGUCUCGCGUCUCCGGCGAUCCGUUUCGGAAUCUCGAGAUUCGCGGUUGAAAGGAAGUGCGGAGUCGGCGUGUGUCAGUGGUCAGGUGAGUACCGUCCCGUUCGGAAACGACAGUGCGCGGACUUGGAACAUCGUGUGUCGUUUGUACCACGGAAUCAACAAAUAACUGUUGUAGAAGUGUCCGAGCUUGCGAGUCUCCACACCUACGACGAAGGCAACAACGAGGACUGCAUCCAUCGUCGACAGAACCGGAGUACGUGACGAGACGUUCCGAGAGGGAUUAACGAAGACGCACGACAGAACCAGUCGUAGCUACAGUCGUUGCGACGGAGAA